AUGCGACUUUGUAUUUGGAAUUUCAUUUUCUAUUAGUGCACACUUAAUAUACAAAGUCUGCCAAAUUUCAAAUGGAAAAGCAAAAUCCAUUUGACAUUUUAUUUUCAACAUCCUAGCGGCCCAGCCAUAUUGAAACAGCAAUAGCAAUGCUCUGCUUGCUAUUUCAUUUCCUCAUUUUCACGCUCACUCCCUGCCAAACCAUGCUUGCAAUUGUAAUCUCUAUGCCAACAAUGGAUGCCUGUCAAUCAGAUGCUGUGGAUGUGAUGUUUAGGUAGGGGGUGCGUUUGUGUGAGAAAAAAAAUGGUCAUUUACUUCCAGUGCCAAAUAAGUAACACAAUCGGUCUGAAAUGAAAUGAAAACUCAAUUUUAGCAGGAAUAUGCCUUCAUACACAAGUAAUUCAUUUCUGAGACUGCAAUGUGCAGUCAGGCCAAUAUCAUUAUAACUAAGCCAGAUUAGCUAUCUAUCCAGCCAUCUAUCAGUGUGGCUUUCUGUCAGAGGAGGGCAGAUACAGUUGUUUUGUACACAGUUGUUGAAGCAUACGUGGCCUCAGCUGCUCACACUCUGAUCUAUAUUUAAACAAUUCAUAACAUUAGCAUUGCUGCUAGCUUUUUAAGGCUUGAUACCUAGUGUUUUCAGAAUGUGCUCUAUAUUCAUACAACAGUAAUAGAUCUUAUAUAUAUGCAUCUUAAAAUAACUACCCUUAUGGUUAGUACCCCUUGUAAACUAGAUCAACAUCGCCACAGAUUUGGGACUGUACAAGACCAAUGGUCUUUCCUUGGUUCCCAUCUCUGGCAGAAGAUAAAUAACAUGUUCAAAAGUCACAAGAGCACUGUAUUUGACAUCAGUGGCCUAGCCAAGGGUGGGCCGGGGUGGACCCAGGCCCAUCCAAAAUAUUAGAGAUUAUUCUUUGACUACAGAUAUAUUUAUAAAAUAGUAAAACAAAAACAAAAAAUUCUGAUUUCUGAAAGUGUGAAAGUACUGUUUUAAAGCACCGCCUUUCUGUUGUUAAGGAAGUUUUUUGGCCCAUCCAUUUGUAUUGAGGCCCACCCAAAAGUAUUUUCCUGGCUAUGUCCUUGUUUGACAUCUGCAGAGUUUGGUGAGUUGAUAAAUAGUAACUACAGGUUGUUCAUGGGUUAAAGAGUGCAGGAAAAACCCAGAGUUAUGAAUUAGAUUUCUUUAGGACUGGCCAGUGCUAUGUUAACCUUUAGAUGGCCUUGAUGCAAAGGCAGUAAGAUCUUGGACUGAUCCAUGGCAUUCACUAUGUGAAGAGACUGACUCAUUCUGAACUCUCUGCCAAAUGACAGUUAUUAAUAAACUGCCUGUUGUUGGUGUUUGAAUGGCAAUAAUAUCCCGAUCAAAACUAGAGGGAAAUACCUGGAUGAGUGUGCCAUUAUAUGCCAUUCAAUGUCAAUGCUCAUAAUUUGAAAUUGAGCAAGAAGGAAAUGGGUAGAAGAAAUAGCUCACCCAAAAAGGACAAUUCUGUCAUCAUUUACUCACCAUCAAGUUGUUUCAAACCCAUAAACACAAAUGGAGAUGACAAGCAAAAUGUUAGUCUCAGUCACCAUUCACUUUUAUUGCACCCCCCCAUACAAUGAAAGUGAUUAGUGACUGAGGCUGCUCCACAAACGUCAUACGGGUUUGGAACAACAUAAGGAUGAGUUAAUGAUGACAAUUUUUGGCUGAACUAUUCCUUUAAUGCAUCUGUUGAAUGACAUGGGGCAGUGACUUGUUUAAACAAUGGCAAAAAAUAUGAACGUAUGAAAAUCCCCCCUCCUUUUUAUAGCAUGGAAACAAGACAGAGUAGCUGUUCUUCACUCCUCCUCCCUCACACGUUCUCUGUCCAGCUCCUGUUUAUGACACCUUUAUUGUCAUCUUCUCUGACUUGGGAACAUAUUCAUGCCGCAACCUCUCUGACUCACGUACUAAAUCUCCCUCACACACUCACUGACAAACAGACCCAGUUCAUCGCACAACUCUGUCAUGGCAGACAGAAAGGACAGCAGGACACCCAGCAAAGGAGGUCUGAUAAAAAAGAAAGAGAAGAAAGGGGAGAAAGCGGAAAGCAUACCUGAGAAGGAGAAAGAAAAGGACAAAGAUAAGGAACAGAAGAUGCCAAAGAAGUCAGAGAAGACAGCAGAAAAUCAGCAAAACAAUGUCGAUAAGCCUCAGGGAAAUGGGGAGAUAGCAGAAGGAGCCCAGGGUCCUGUCAAAGAUGAGGAGUUUCAGCUGGAGCCUAUUGAGCUACCUCCGUUUGAGAUCAUUGUAGGAGACAGGAUGAACCCCACCUUCUUUAAAUUCCAAUUUAAAAAUGUGGAAUAUUCUUCAGGACGCAACAAGACCUUUCUGUGCUACCAGGUAGACAUACAAGGAGGCACUACAGAGGCAGAUGGCCUUCGUGGUUACCUGGAGGAUGAGCAUUCAGGCUCACACGCUGAGGAGGUCUUUUUUCAACAAGUGCUGGCUUUUUAUGACAAGUCACUUUGCUACACAGUAACCUGGUACACAUCCUCGAGUCCUUGCGCAACCUGUGCUGCUAAGCUUGUAGAGAUCUUGCGAUCACGCAAAACACUGCGCUUGAAUAUCCACUGUUCCCGUCUCUUCCAGUGGGAGGAACCAGAGAUACAGGCUGGACUACAGGCACUAGUUAGAGCAGGGUGUAAGCUACACAUGAUGAGACCUUUGGAUUUUGCCUAUGUUUGGUCUACUUUUGUUGAGAAUGAAGAAGAUAGCUUUACACCCUGGGAGGACUGCCAAGAAAGCUAUGAAUAUUAUGAUGAAAGGCUGUGUGAUAUUCUAAAGUAGGGUAAGGAGUUGCUGCUGGCUAUUGAUAAAUACUGUCUAAUGCAGCAUGGCUUUUAAGGAAAUUAAGGAAAUUAGAACUUGUAAACAAAUUAUUACAAUCACCCUGCCAUUAUAGCAGUGUCUUCUUCCUAUGUCAUCACAGUUUGUUCUGUAAAAUCACACGUUUGACUUUUUUGCUUGGAUUUUAGACUUGAAAUGAUUUUAAAGUAUUAGGAGGUGUGUUACAAAUAUUUGGGAAAACCGAUUUUUAUUUUACUGUGGAUAAUUUUCUGCAAAUAACUGAUGGGUGUAGUCUAAAAUUCAAGCA